AUGGCCUCAACCACAGUAAUCAUCACCGGCGCAAACAGAGGCCUAGGAGAAGGCCUCCUGAAACGCUACCUCGCCCUCCCGAAUCAUAUCGUGAUCGCAGGCAACCGCGAUCCAACCCAUCCAACCUCAAGGGCCCUCGGUGACCUACCCAAAGCCGAAGGAAGCAGACUGAUAGUGGUCAAGAUCGAUGCCUCCGUCGAAAAGGAUGCACACGACGCUGUGAAGGAGCUGCAGGAAACCCACGGCAUCACCCACCUCGACGUCGUCAUCGCCAACGCUGGCAUCUCGUACGCCUGGCCAGCUGUAGCCGAGCUCAGGAUCGCCGACCUUCAGGCGCACAUGGAACCCAACGUCUACGGCGUCGUCGCGCUGUAUCAGGCUACGCGAGCGCUGUUGCGGAAGUCAUCCACGGAGCCUAUGUUUGUGCCCAUGGGUUCGACCGCUGGGUGCCUGGAGAAUCAGCCUCCCAUACCCAACGCCGUCUACGGCCCUUCCAAGGCCGCGGUGAAUUGGCUCACGAUCAGGAUGAACGCCGAAGAGGACUGGCUCAAUGCCUGGGUUCUGAUUCCCGGCUGGGUGCAGACAGAUCUCGGCAAUGCGGGGGCUCGGGGCCUGGGGCUGGAGAAGGCUUACAUUGGCGUCGAUGAGUCGUGCGAUGGUAUGAUGAAGGUGCUAGCUGCAGCAACGAAGGAGAAGUAUGGCGGCAAGAUGGUGGCGUAUAAUGGUAACUUCCCGGGUUGGUAG